CAAACCUUUUUGGUUCCAAGAACGACACGUCAACAGUUUGAUUGUGUCUGUGCCGGCAUAGUGAAGAGCAACAUUCUACUCCUCAGAACAAGAAGAUGCUGAAGAUGUUGUUUGCUUACUUGACUUCGUCCCUGUUGGGUUUGUUUCUCUUUUCCACUGCUGUCGAUGCCAAAACAGACGAAUUCUUUGAAAUGAAGGUUUUCAAUCAUGACUUUGAAGCCUCUGAUUCUGAGAUGCAUGCAAUACUAGAGAAGGCAAACCUCCCAGCCCAUGGCUACAAAAAAGAAGUGGUUACCAAACUAGUACAGAAUGCUGGUGGUCAAGAUUACCAGAAAGCAUACUUCUACUACAAGAGCAUCAAUUGCUCAAAGAUGCAGGAGGUUGAACAAGAAUUGGAACGUUUGUUGCCAGGUAAAUCGUAAAUCCGAGAAAUUACG